UGGCUAAACAGUUCAAACUGCGGGAUUUAGAGACAAACUGGAUCACCUCAUCACUUUUUCAAAUCAGCAUGCAACUCCGUCACACCCAAAUCCACUCCGGCUGUGGCCAUUCCACUCUCUCCCUUGUCAUCUUGUUUGUGAUGAAGCAUGGCCAAGGUUGGUGAUGAGAUGAGAAUGAACUUGAUAGGGAACCAUCCUCCCACUGCCGUUGGUUCCUGCAGUGACGGUUCUACCUAUGACAGCCGGCACACCAACAAUGACGACAGUUCAUUUUCUCCACAACCAAUCUCUAGUAGAUGCAACCUUACGACAACAUUAUUUCGCAAACGAGAGCCAAUGGAUCUUCCAGAGAGGAGUAGUCCUGAUCUGGUGAUUCGUCCUGUUGUAACGGUCGAUGAAGAAUCACCAGCAGCCCAACAACAAUCAUCACUUCAAUCGCCGUUGACAACCUCCUUUUCGGCUCGAACGGACGGCAAAUUAUACCAAUCUACCAUAUUGACCGAUCUGAUUGGCAAAAAGCACUACUUGGAAGCCAUUCGUCGCCUACAAACGCAUCCCAGUGAAGCAUCCGAAUGGGUCCAGUUGACGGAGAAUGAUAUGCCCUACGAACGGUUGCCACUUCACCUGGCUUGUGCCAGCCUUGCCACAGCAUCAGAGUUACAAUCUCGCUUUCAGCUGGAACAACUCAUUCUGAAACUGGUAUUGACGUAUCCAGAUGGAUGUUCCUUGGUAGAUUACGACAACCGCCUCCCGUUGCACGAGUGUGUCUGGAACAAUGCUACUCCAGAGACCAUUUCCAUGCUUCUCAUGGGCGACCCAACAUCUAUGUAUCAACGAGAUCCCUGUGGUCGCAAUGCCGCCGAAGUGAAUCGCCAUCGCUGUGGAGUUUUCAUGGAGCAGGUUCAGGAGUUGUUGAGUCGAGGAAUGGAGUUUUGGGAAACUGCCCGAAAACAAAAAUGGGGGCAACCACCAGCCAUGCAGGCUCUCAUCAUGGCAGCAGAAUCUCACAAUCAUCAUUACGACGACAAGUCGGAGGAUGAAGAAUACAGUCUGACGAUUGGCUCACUGUGUGUUCCCAAAGAAAUGGAAUGCUCAGCCUAUGACUCUAGCUUGACACCGGACGAGUACGAGUCGAUCAUCACAGAAUCCACCAUGGCGCCGAUGCAACCACCUGUGAUCACUCAAAGGCCACUGGGCAAUCAUCAACGACCAGAACAGCAAGCAUUCCAAUCUCCCGUUUUGAAUCACACCUUUUCCUUUGGAGAAAAUGUGGCAAGUCGCGAAAAGGCAAUAGGCCGAGAGAUACUGCAAAACAUGUUGAAUGAUCUGAUGGAGCAGAACAAGCAGUUGAGCUCCACCUUGACGGAACUAGCCAAAACCAAUGCAGAGAUGCAACGAACCAACACAGAAAAGCUCCUGUCACCUGCGCUGUCACCGCCACCACAAUCGUUAUUGGAAACUCCAGAAUCCCUUCCACCGCUACUACUUGCUGCAAGUCCACAUCAACAUCACAGCAACAAUGACGCAGAAUUGGCUGCUUUGAGAGCACAAAAUUCGGCGCUAAGACGGAAAUGUGACCGAUUGAACUCUCGAAGGAAAAAGCAGGCCGACAAGAUACAGUUCCUGAAAAGCCUCUUGGCUUCGGAAGAUGUGCUGGUGGACAUUUCGGAUUCCCAGAGCGAAUCCACUCAUUCGCUCUUGAGUGGUACUCAAAUGACACCAUUGUCACAGUCGUUCGAUGGUAAUAGCAGCUACGUUCGUCACCCGGAAAGCGUCCUGAGCACUCCAGAGUCUAGUGUCAAUGAUACCAAGCGAAAUAAUGUCGUCAUCUCGGGUCUCGCCGCGUAUCAGUUCAACGCCUACGUGUCGAGCCUUCAACAAAGGAUAGGCCCAACGCCAAAGAAGCAAGGUCAAGGAGAUGAUGACAACCUAGCCGACAUGUUUCGGCACGCAGCAAAGUUGUAUUCGGAUCAUGUCAAGGAGUGCCCCUGGAGAAACGGGAAAUUGAUUCUGCAGUGGGAGCCGUCUCGAACCACAACAACAACAAUGCCGGACUAUGAUCGACGACCACCGACUCAUCGUUACGCCGUAGGUCAAGUCAAUGUAGACCAUGGAUCAGUCAUUUCCUACGAGGAAACUAGUCUCUCCUCCAUGGGAAUGAUCUCUGGUGGGAACAGGAAUCGUUGGAUUUGAAAGAAACAGGAAUGGGUUGAGAUCGAUUGGCCUGACUAUUGUUGAAGCGUUUGGGCCGGAUCGACGAUCAUACUAUCAAUGUGCAAUGCUUCGACAAAGCACGCCUCAGGCUAAAUUUUAACUUUCUAGCUAGCUGGAGUAUUUAUUUGGGC